AUGACUUUACCAUUACCUUUGCCUCCGUGUUCCAAUAGAGAUGGUGUAAAUAGUUGUGACCAUUUCGAUUACGCUAGUACAAUGGCGUCCACAUUGCUAGCUCCGGUUAAAACUGAAAGAGAUAUCCUUGAGCAUUCAAUGUACGAAGACGACCCAAACGCGAAUACUCAAUUACCGAAUGAAGUGGGAUCUGAGCCUCGAUGGGGACCAAGACAUCGAGGGGCACAAGAACUCGCUGAACUGUACAGUCCAGGAAAGAGAUUACAAGAAUUGGUAUGUGUGGUACUGUGUUGCACAUUAUGUGUGACAGCAGGGCUCUUAAUGGCUAAAUAUAUUCGUCCUGAUGGGUUUUUAUUGCUUGCGGCAAUUGCUGGUGUUCUAACAGCAGAUUUUCUAUCAGGAUUUGUACAUUGGGCUGCUGAUACAUGGGGUGCGGUAGACCUACCUUUAAUAGGCAAGAAUUUUUUACGCCCUUUUCGUGAACACCACAUUGAUCCAACUUCAAUAACAAGACAUGAUUUUAUUGAAACAAAUGGAGACAAUUUUGCAAUUACAAUACCAGUUUUAGCCAGAAUAGUAUGGCAGCUAGCGACAUAUGAUGUUAAUGAAAUUAACGAGAAAUUCCAUUGGAUAUCAUACUGGUAUUUGUGCUGUAUAUUUGUGGCAAUGACAAAUCAGAUCCACAAAUGGUCACACACUUAUUUUGGAUUACCAGCGUGGGUGGUGUGUUUGCAAGAGUGGCAUAUAGUGUUGCCACGUCGUCAUCACAGAAUCCACCACGUCGCGCCGCACGAGACUUACUUUUGCAUUACAACCGGUUGGUUGAAUUGGCCUCUUGAGAAAUUACACUUCUGGUACAUUCUUGAAAAUAUUAUCGAAGCUUUAACAGGCUGUAAGCCUAGAGCUGAUGAUAUGAAGUGGGCCCAAAAACGUUCCUAG